AUGCUGAUAGUGUGUGGAGGUGCCCUGGGGAUGGUGAUAGGUGUGAGUGUGGGUGUGAGAAUGAGCAUGGGGCUGACCGUCGUCGCAUGUCUCUCGCUCUCCAGUGCUCCUCUGGCCCGCCGCUUCAUUGACGAUUCAGUGGAGGUGGUGGGUCACCUCAACGGUCUGCUGGUGAUGCAGGACAUCCAACUCGGUACCCUGGUGGCACUUAUCCCUCUCUUUGCCGAUCGGCCGGCCUCCGUCGGUGGCUGGAACAUCGCGGCUCUUUUCUAUGGCUUCCUCCAACUACUCCAGACUCUACUGCUGGGUUCCCUUGGAAACAGACCGGAGGCAGUCUUACUCGGCUCAGUGGCCGUCUGCUUCCUUCUCCUCUUGGUGGCAGACUACCUCGGGGCCUCCAUGGAGCUCGGCUGUUUCCUGGCCGGCCUGGCCAUCGGCUCUCAGGGACAUUCUAUCGUGGAGCAGGUAAAGAGACUUGUGGAACCGCUGAGAGAUUUCCUGUCACUGUUUUUCUUUGCCUCGCUAGGUGAGUAUAAGACAGGAUUGUACCGUAUAGUGAGGGAAAACUUUUGUGAUUUGAUGGCAAAUGAGAACUUCGCUGAAAAGGUUCCACGUCUUCCCGACAUUCUGAGGUCUGAGUUCUCAAUGAUCCUGGGAGUGACCUUCUGUGUCCUCGUCGUCAAGUUCCUACUGUCUCUGCUAGUCCUGGGUGUGUUCACGGGUCACUGCCACACCUCCACGUGGCUCCUCUCUCUCUCCCUCUCUUCCGUCAGCGAGUUCUCCUUCCUCCUCACCAGUCGAGCCAGAAGACUCGGAAUCAUCUCUAGAGAGGUCCCUCAAUAGAAUUGUACCUAUGUUUCUGCACAGUAUAUAUAUACAAGUCUA